AUGGGCGACGAUAAGUUCGACUACCAAUCUCUCCCCAUCCCCUCUUACGAAGAGGCCACUGCCCAGCCUUCCUCCUCUCGCUCCGACCUGGACGAUGGCAACGAUGCCGAACGCCAGGGUCUGCUCGGUCGCAGCGAUGCCGGAAACUACCAACCACCCACGGUCGAAUCCGUCCGCGGCAGCCUCGACGACCUCGCCUCCUCCGUAUCGGGCUCGGAGCGCGGCUCGACCGAUGAAUUAAGGAGGGAGUUGGAUCAGAUGGACGUGGAUGACUCUGCACAUGGGUCGUCGUCCAGAUCUCGCCCCCAUUUACGACAUCAGUUCUCCAAGCGAUUCUCCAGUCUGACACGAACGCUACGACCCCUACAACGAUACCUGCCAAGCCUGCCGAGCUUCCGCUUCAACUUCGACCUCAACAAUGCUCGGGUGCACAUGAAGGAUCAUGGAUGCAUCAUGUUGCUGCGCCUCUUUGCCCUGAUGCUCGUGGUGUCCCUGGUCUAUGUCUUCUUUAUCGGCGACAUCUUCAACCUCAACAAUCGUAUGGUCAUGGGUCAGUCCUACAGCGCCUCGUCGGUCGAGAACUUCGUUCAGGGCCACAUCAAUGAAACAAAUAUCGCGGAGAAUUUAAGGCGAGUUACCAACUUCCCUCACGUCGCCGGUACCGAGGGCAGUUUCGUACUGGCAGAAUGGAUCGAGCAGGAAUUCCACCGAGCGGGAUUCGAUGGGGUUCUGCGAGAAGAGUUCCAAGUCUACCUAAACUAUCCCCGCGAUGAUGGACGCAAGGUCGCCAUCAUUGAUCCGCCUCAUUUGGCUUGGGAGGCCACACUAGAGGAGAACGACUCCCAGGUCCCGGUGUUCCAUGGACACUCCAAGUCCGGAAACGUUACCGGACCUCUGGUCUAUGCUAACUUUGGAUCCCGCGAAGAUUUCCAAUUACUCGCCGAUAAGGGUAUCUCCCUCAACGGCUCGAUCGCUCUCGUGCGCUAUUACGGCACCGAGCCCGACCGGGCGUUGAAGAUUAAAGCCGCCGAGCUGGCUGGAGCGGCGGGUUGCAUCAUUUACUCCGAUCCACAACAGGACGGUUUUGUACAGGGACCGGCGUAUCCGAAGGGACGUUUCAUGCCCUCGGAUGGUGUACAGCGGGGCGGUGUUAGCCUCAUGUCUCACGUCGUUGGAGACGUACUUUCCCCCGGUUUCGCAUCCACCCCGGGGGAGAAGAAGAGACUAUCUCCAGAAGACAGCCCUGGAUUGACCAAGAUACCCAGUCUUCCGAUCGCCUGGCGCGAUGCGCAGCGACUUCUCCAGUCCCUCGAGGGACACGGGUCUAAAGUUCCCCAGGAAUGGGUUGGUGGUGUGCCCAAGGUUCAAGCUUGGUGGACAGGAGAUCAAAAUUCGCCAGUCAUUCACUUGAUGAAUCUGCAGGACGAAGUCGAACGACAACCCAUUUACAAUAUCCAUGGAACGAUUAUUGGGCUUGAGGAGCGUGACAAGAAGAUCAUUGUUGGAAAUCAUCGCGACUCAUGGUGCUUGGGAAGUGUUGACCCCGGCAGUGGUACUGCAGUCUUCUUGGAGGUGGUGCGUGCCUUUGGUGAACUGCUCAACUACGGAUGGCGACCACUCCGCACCAUCGAGUUCGUCAGCUGGGACGGAGAAGAGUACAACCUCAUCGGCUCGACUGAGCACGUUGAAAAGGAGGUUGACAACCUUCGCAACAAUGCAUACGCUUACCUGAACGUGGACGUUGGCGUGUCGGGCUCCGAGUUCCGUGCGGCAGGAUCGCCUGUCUUCGAGCGCUCGGUGCAUCAGAUCUUGGGUCGCCUCUCUGAUCCCUAUGCCAACAAGACGUUGAAAGAAAUCUGGGAUAAUAAAGGCAUGAAGCUUGAUCCACUCGGCGCCGGUAGUGACUACGUCGCAUUUCAGGAUAUUGCGGGUACCUCAAGCAUUGAUUUCGGGUUUGAGGGCGGUGCAUACCCCUACCACAGCUGCUACGAAUCCUAUGACUGGAUGGAGAAGUUUGGUGACCCGGGCUUCCGGUAUCACAAACUUCUCGCUGAAUUCUGGGCCUUGCUUUUGCUGGACGUUUCCGAGAACCCCAUGCUGCCCUUUGACAUGGAAGCCUACGCCAGGUACAUCACGGGCUGGGUGAAAGACUUGGAUGAAUUUGCAAAGAAGAAGGGCGCCCAGGUUGAUAUGCAACUGAUGUUCAACGCCGCGGCCGAACUCGAGGCCGAUGCUGCCCGGUUCCAACAGUGGAAUCAGAUCUGGCACGACAGUGUUUGGGGCUCUGGCGGGUACGAAAGCAACGUCAUGGCGAUUCAACGAGUCAACCACAACGUCCGCAUGGCCAGUUUUGAUACCCACUUACUGGAUCUGGAAGAAGGUGGCGGGAUUCCGAACCGCACCCAGUUCCGCCACGUCGUCUACGGACCCGAGCUGUGGUCCGGCUACGAUGCUUCCAUUUUCCCGGCCAUUCGCGACAGCAUCAACGCGGGCGACUGGAACCUUGCCCAACAUUGGAUCAACCGGGUUGCCAACAUCAUCCACACUGCCAGCAACAAGCUCAUCAACUAA